AUGUCGUUUAACGGUAUCGGUUUUGUCACAAUUUUGGUUUUUUCAUUCAUUGAAUUUCUGGGAAAUUUGGUCGACUCAACCCAUUUUUUUCCACAUUUCUUUUUCACUGUUAUUCGAUGCGUUCUGGCCUUAUGGUUCGGGAUUGUUUGAGCUUGUUCUUUCGGCGGGACAGAUUCUUUUGGGGGUGAGGUAGUAAGUGGGAUAUCCUUCACGUCUAUUUCGGGUGGUUGUUGUUGUUGGUUGACAGUAGGUGAUUGAGCGAGUGGAUCAGAGUAGUCGAUUUUUGUUGCAGUGGGAGAAGGGGACUUGACUGAUGGCACAUCACCUGGGGGGCCUGAAGAUUCAUUCUGUAGUGUCCAAGUUGGCGUAUUAUCUGUGGGAACUGAAGUUUCUGGUUUUACCCUAUUAAUUUUUAUGCUUUUUGUUUUCGCUUCUUUGUAUUUAAUUUGAUUACCAUUUCUUAAUUUUAUAUCUACGGGAAUUUCAUUUAUCGGAUUUGAACUGGGAUUAGGAGAGAGUAGUUGGUUCUUACAUUCAUCUAUCUGUGUACAAUCUUUCAUUGAAUUAUAGAUUACUUUUGACAUGUCUGGUAUUGGAAGG